AUCAGGACCAGAUGAGCAGAGGGAGGUUUCUGUGAAGAUCAGAGUUGCCCCAGCCCUGCUCUAGGAAGUGGCCCAGCAGCGCUGCGUCUCCAGCUGUCAUCGCUACGGACCUGGAAAAGAAAGAAGAGAAGAAAAAUGUCCCAUGCUUUAAAGCAAGUGUUCAAUAAAGACAAAACCUUCCGGCCCAAGCGCAAGUUUGAGCCAGGGACUCAGCGGUUUGAGCUGCACAAGAAGGCUCAGGCCUCGCUCAACGCUGGCCUGGACUUGAAAGUUGCCGUCCAGAUGCCACCAGGAGAGGAGCAGAACGACUGGGUGGCCGUGCACGUGGUGGACUUCUUCAACCGCAUCAACCUGAUCUACGGCACCAUCAGUGACUAUUGCACGGAGCAGUCCUGCCCCGUCAUGUCGGGGGGGCCCAAGUAUGAGUAUCGAUGGCAGGACGAGCACAAGUACCGGAAACCCACGGCCCUGUCUGCUCCCCAGUACAUGAACCUCCUGAUGGACUGGAUUGAGGUACAGAUCAACAACGAGGACAUCUUCCCCACUAAUGUCGGUACUCCCUUCCCCAAGAACUUCCUCCCGGUGGUGAAGAAGAUUCUCUCCAGGCUCUUCCGAGUCUUUGUCCAUGUCUACAUCCACCAUUUCGACAGGAUCACCCAGAUGGGGUCGGAAGCCCACGUGAACACCUGCUACAAGCACUUUUACUACUUUGUGAAAGAGUUCAAUCUCAUAGACACCAAGGAGCUGGAACCACUGAAGGAAAUGACCUCCCGGAUGUGCCACUGAGAUCAGACCUUCCUGCUCCCACCUCGGCGUCUCUUCCGAGGACUCCGAUACCCACUCCUGCAUUGGAGAUGUGAUUCAAGGGGAGAACAGAGACAUUUUGUUAAAAAAAAAAAUCUAUAUAUUUUCAACGAGUUUCAACGUAAAACUGUGACAUUGCAGGAAUAUUUUUUUAAAGAUGCUCUAGAUAAACUAGUUUUUUAUAGUUAAUUUCUAU